GAGAGCAGCCAGACGUGAGGGAAAGUUACUGGUAUGCAGGGAAUCCCAGCAGUACUGAUGAUCACGAUCUAUGCGCAGCGAUCUCAACAUGAGCAUCCACGGCUGAGUGUUCCCGGAGCGUCAUCUAUCCAGUAACAAUGGGCGGCACGUGUUCGUCUGCUGCCGAGGCACCGGUGACGGAGACAGACAAGCGCGUCUGCUGCGUGGUGACCGAGCAGGAGCGCAGACUGCUGCGCAAGACGUGGCGAUACAUGACCAACCAAUACGAUCUGAUGGAGCUCGGCUGUGAAGUGUUUCUCAUGAUUUUCGAACUGAAUCCAGAGGCGAAGAAGAUGUUUCCGUGCCGCGAUGUCGAAGGCGAAGAGUUACUCACCAACCACGACUUUAAGGGGCACGCCUCCAGGUUCAUGCAGGCGGUGGGUGCGGCCAUUGAUCACCUGGACGAUCUACAGCUGGAGUUGGAGCCGUUGCUAUGCACGCUGGGAAGGACGCACGCCAACUAUCGAAAUCGCGGAUUCGUGCCGCAUUUUUUCGACGAGUUCACGGCGGCCAUGAUACAGACGUGGCAGAAAAAACUCGGGCGGAAAUUCACGCCGGAUGUCCGUGCUGCGUGGUUGACGAUGCUGUCGUUCGUCGCCGCGGCCAUGAAGAGCGGUUAUAAUGAAUAUAGUGCCCAGUAUAGUAGAUACUGA